UCGUUGUUGUCGCGGGACUACAUACUGCUCGCGCGCUUAGCUAUUGUUGUGCAUAGUUAUAUAUAUAUAUUUUAAUGGCAGUGUGUCUGUUACAACAACAGCACCUAAAUAUGACACACGUAUUUCAAUGAAGCCUCUGUUUUUAAUACAGUUGUGCAUUUGGGAUUUUUGGUGACUAUAAGUUGUAGGAACAUCAUCUUUAGGUAGUCAAAUUUAGCACCUAGCUAGUGCUCAGCUGCUGCUUAGACCGGUUAGCUUGGUAGUAGGCGUUUACUAGUGCUGCAAAAGCAUCCUUUUUGAAUUGAAAUGACCUCCGCCUCCACGAAGGUGGGAGAGAUCUUCUCUGCAGCAGGUGCUGCCUUUACCAAACUGGGUGAACUGACAAUGCAGUUACAUCCAGUGGCUGAUACCAGUUCGACAGGGGCUCAGGUCAAGACCUCAGUCAAGAGGAAGCUGUAUGAAAACAGUGGUGCACCUCUGCACUCUGACUCCCAGAAGAAGAGUGCAAAGAAGCCUGUUUUGGCUGCUGCAGUUUCACCCGCGGUCAUAACUGUGCCAACCUCUCAAGUUGUCCUGACAACGGGAGUUCGGAGAUCCUCCCCUGCUCCUUCCUCCAUGAAGAAGCAGAAGACUGCAGAGGUCACUCUAAGCGCGUUGAAUGACUUGGAUGUCAACUGUGACCUGGUAGACAUAGAAGGCCUUGGGGAAGGCUCUUCCAAGAAACUUAAUUUUGAUCAGGAUAGCCUCAACCUUGACUCCAACCUGAUCAUGAAUUCUCCUGAUCUUCCCCUGCUGUCUCGUUGAACCCUCUCACUGUACCGGUCCAGAUGGUUGUCCUGUCUGUCUGCACCCAGCAAACACAGAUGUCCUCCACACACCGGGCCUCUGUCUUAUUUCAGCGCUCUCUGGGCCUACGUCAUUGUGGGCAACCGUCAUACCAAAACUGUUGGUUGGUAUGUUGCCACAUUUGCAAUGAAAUUAUUUUUGUAAAAUGAAGUAGAAUGGACCGUAAAAAGGUGUUUCAUUUUAAACUGGAGAACAUCUUUGUGGUUUAUAUGUAAGAUGCCCCUUGGCAUUUUCCCUUUUAUGGAUCAGACAGCAAGAUUAGCUUUUGGGUCUUGGGUUUGGCCUGUUUUGAAGUCAUGGGUCAUGUUAGAUAUCUAGCUGUCUGUGAAGGGGUUAGGUAAACUACUAUUUGUCAUUAGUGAAUGCUAUGGAUGUUAUAUAUAUUUUUAAUCGUGACAGUUGCUAUAAUCAUUGUACCACCCACACAAAAUGUUUGUAAAGCUGUGUUAAUAUUUGUAUUCAGCCUUAAGGACACUGGUAUUUUGAAUUACCACUGUUCUUAAAGGGCAGUGAAAAAGGGGCAUUGAAAUAAAUGUUAAUUUACCACUGUA